UCAAAAUGUCUGCGGCCACUGAAAAUACAGCCACCGUAUUUUUUGCUGGAAUUUCUACAUCUGCAACUGUAUUGCUAUUAUAUAAUGGGUUUAUCGAGAGCUUGUGUACAAGAACAUUAUGGCUCCUUAAAGUACUAGUAUUAUUUAUAAGCACGUGGCAGUUACUGUCGACACUAGUGUCAAUACACUUCUGGCAGUUCUUUGGAAGAGCUAAUGAUAUCAGUAACACUAGGCCUAAAGUCGACAAAGAUAAUAAACGUGAGUUUCAGGUGUCAUCACUGUACAAGCUUUUGAUGGUGUAUGCUGUUGGAACUGUCCUCAUUUACACUGUCACAGUCUUGUUUGGAGCACCUUUAUUGAAUAAACAAGAGGAGACCAUAUUGUUCAGUCUGCUCCUAGCCUCAUGUGCAAUACUUCCUGGCUGCUGUAUAUUUACAACUAACUGGAAUAGAUGGCUCAGCGUUUUGACAAAAAGCAGUCUCGAUCAAUCAGUAUUGGAGAAGAGUUCAGGAAGAGUGUCUGUGUGCACCUUAAUCGGAGCGUGGCUCGGUGCAUUUCCGAUUCCUCUUGACUGGGACAGACCCUGGCAGGUAUGGCCCAUAAGCUGUGUUAUUGGUGCGUUGGUGGGAUAUGCUAUGGGAAAUGGUGUCACGACUAUUCAGUUGUGCUGGCAGAUGCUCCGAGCUAGGAGAAAGAACUCGAGGAUGAAACUUCCAUGAACUCUGACAUCAGGCAGAUGCAGCAGAUAUUUUGUCAUUCCCGUAUACUGGUCGAGGCUAUGUGAAUGAUGUUGGUAGCUUGGCUGCUGUUUAUUUGUGAAAUGUGGUAUACAAAUGAUUUAACAAUACAAAUAAUAUUAAAUAAGCUAUUUCCGUUUACGUUCUUGGUGCCAUUUUCUUGGUAUUUCUCUUCGUUAAAUUUUCUAUGACCCUAUGUAAAGCAGUUUCAGUACACUUGUGUACACCUACAACAUUCCAGAAAUCACAGCAUAUGUAUAUACCUGUUUACAUAUGAUAGCUCUGUUACCACUGCUAUGAAUAAGUGUAGCUAACCUGAGUUCUGUCAGCCUAAAGUGACUGACUAAAACGCGUUGCGUUUACUGCUGUGCAGUUGACAUAUCAUGAAUUAGUUAGUAUUUUUCAUUCAAGAUAAUGAGAAGCUGGCAUGAAUAUUGUACACUAAAGCUGGGUUUAGUUAAAAGUUCAUAUACAUACAAGUAUUAGCAACUUGUAUUCCUGUCAUGUAUAUUUAAAAAUGUGUGUCUAUAGUAAAAAUUACCAUGUUUAAAAUA